AUGGAUGUGAGUUUUACGAACGUGUUGGAGGGGGCUCGCCAGUACUUUCAGGGACUGCCAGCACCAAGUACAACAACAUCAUCGGACAAUCGUAUCUACGAUGAGCAGUCAACAGUACCCCAGAGUACCCAAAAUUUAUCAACAAUUGAUUCACGCACAGAAACAAGAUACAAUGAUACAAAUAAACUCGAUACACAACGUGAUAAUAGCCAAAUUGCUGAAUCCUACUGGAGUACAAGCAAUGAAUUACGUACAAUUGAACCGUAUCCCCCCCAGCCAACGCGCGUUGAAGUGCCAGACACGAGGCCGGAUGAGAGUGGUGAGUGUGCAGGUAGUCCAGCAACAAGCCUGACAGAAAUGCAACCCCCAAGUAGACCACACUCAACAAAUCGUCAAUUGACCGAACAAUUGCAUAACAAUUCCCCCAAAUCUCACUCACCACCACCAGUCUAUCAACAAUUGUCCAGUGUUACAAGGCCUUCGUCGUAUCGUUCAACAACGGAUAUGUUGAAUUCAAAUAAUCACUCGAAUUAUCAAUCCAAUGAACGUCCACCAAGCGCCCCGGUAGCUCAGCGAACCCAGUAUUAUCCGCGGUAUCAUCAUCCAGACAUAACGAAAAGUGCACCAGCACCGUUCUCCCAGAAUUCCAUUUACCAAGCGCCAACACCACAAGCGAGUAUCAAUCCCUCCGCGACACAGCCCCCAACAAGAACCAGUCCUAUCGAGGACAAUGGACGUAAUUCUCAACAAGACUCCGCAGCCUACUCUGUACCUUCAGCAAGUACCCCGAUGUACCCAGCCGGAAACUAUCGUCCAACAACGACAAAUCGUCCAGCGGAUCCAAUGCAUUCCUCGUCAUCAACAUCUUCCAAUUCAAAUCCCUGCAGUCCCCGGCACGCACAGACGAGUCACAUUCCUUCUCCCCACAGUCAUCCUGGACACAUUCCUUCACCACAUCUGCCAGUACCAUCAGUCGUACCCCCGUCCUCAUUAUCCUCAUCACAUGCCCUGUCAGUCCAGAAUCAGCAUACUAGUCGAUUAACUCCAACCCAUCAAAAUCCAUACGCGAAUAGAGUUGCAAUACCUUACACAGGUGCUAAUCACAAUCAGCAAAUGCUACCACCCCCAUCACCAAGUUAUAGUCUUGGUACAUCGCACGAGUCUACAAGCCGUCAUGCAAGCUCACCACAGAGACAAUCACCGCACAUAGCGGUGCACACUGGCCAUCCCAUUUCCCCUCAUCAUCACACAUCCUCACCCCACAACACCACAAAUUUCCAACCCCAUUCUCCAACGUAUCCGCCACCCCCGUUACCCGCUCGUCCCUCAUCGAAUCCUUAUGGAUUACCACCGACGUCUCAGCAGCAUCGUCCGGUGUAUCCAAGUGGCUAUCCCCAGUCUUCUUAUCAUUCCUACCAAAAAACGAAUCAAGGAUAUCCUCAGACGUCGAGAUCAUACACCCAACUUCCGGUGGCCGGACCAUCACCCACGCAAUCGCCAACGCUCACCCCAACAUCAGCGAGCCCAACAAACGACGUAAACGGCAGCUAUCUGAACUCACCGAGUAAAUUAACAUACAACGGGACCGAUCCAAAAGGUGCCCCAGUCCCUGUGAGCCAGUCAAAUUCUUUCACCGGAUACAGAAUGCCGGUAAGUGCAUCGAGAAAUGCAAACACGCACAAUCUGCCAAUCACCGCUGUUUCCUCGUACCAUUCCAACCGAAAUUCGAGGGACGCUAUGGGAAAGGCUCAAGCGUUGCCGAGACAAAGGCCCGCUGCCAAUUCAAUUACAGUUCCUUCAGUUCCUACUGUACCGCGAGCCCCAGAAUUCAACCCAAUGACUUCAGCAGUUAACGAACGUCUGCCGGUGACCACAAGUGCAAGUGCUAAUUACUCGUAUUCAGGGCAGCAGAAUUACCGAGCAUAUGCUACGACAGUGGCGCCAAGUCAUCAUAGCAGCUCUUCCACAACGACCGUGACAUCGAUCGUCAAUGAUACAAGACCAACCCAGCCGUAUGCUGUGACGGUUCACUCGCGUUCGUCUUCCGAUUCCAGUCGACCACCCCCAUUUUCCCAACGUGUCGAUAGCUACAAUUACAAAGAGUAUCCCUACACUAACUCAUCGAGUCAACCCAUGUCAAGGGUGUCAUCAACUCCACCGCCUCAGGCUAAUGGGGUCCCCAUAAGGAAACGCGAAUCCCCCCUCGAUCUUUCCGUCAAAACUGUGAAGACCUCGGCGGAUUCGACCGCACGUGAUGAUCUCGAAGUAUCGGGUGAUAAGCAAGUUAGUAGUUCCAGUGUUGUAAAUUCGAGAAGAAUGCUCCCACCGACCCAACCGUGUGCGGGUUAUGCAAAUUACGAGCGGAACGCCAAUGGGCGAAGUUCCGUACCAACUCUGAGACCGGCAACCCCUCAGAUGCCGGUCUGUGCGCCAAAGGUUGACUUCCUCCCUGACUUCAACUCGACGCCGUUGAGACACCAUCACCCGAGUCAACCCAAUCAUCAACCGGAGAGUGACUUGCGGAGAACCUCAUCGCAGCAGCUAUACGUACCUCCUCAGCAUCAAAAUACGAUAUCCAACGUCCCGCUGCCUCGUAUGUCGACGUUUAAGAAGAGCUCGCUUCCAUCGACACCGUUGUACGAUGGAAAGUCAGGACUGACGUCGUACCCCGCGAUGAACGAGGCUGCGAGGCCCCCAAUGAGGUACCCAGUGGAACCAACAAGACCUCAAGGACCGAGCGCCUAUCCGUCUGAAACCAGCAAGUACUACCCUGAGAGUCGAGGCAAGUUGCCGGCGAAGAGGCCUGGGGACCCCCUCUAUAUGGCGAGCGGUAGCGGUCCCAGCAAGCACCCUCGAAUUGACCACUGGAAGUUGGCUAUUGAUAAGGAGAUCCAGCAGAGGCUCACCGCCGCGCAAAUGCUCCGUGAGCAGCAGCAAAAACGUCAAGAGAACACUCAACCGACCUCGAUGACCAACGGGACCCUGGUGACGCCCUCUUACCCUCCCAGGACUGACAACUCGGGCCGCUAUCCAUCAGCAUUCUGUGAUAAACGAAACUACUCGGAAUCUAAGGUUCCCACGGUUCUCUACACCCAACUGCACUCGAAACCGGGUUCCCAGGUACCGGGUCAUCAGCUGUCAUCAGCUCACCAGGCCGCGUAUCCACAGGGUUACCGCCAGGGCCAGCGGACCCCGUACUCACAGCCGGUCGAUCUCCCCAGCAACACUGGCGCCGACAAACGCGUCCUCAGUCUCCUUCGCAAUAGCCUCGAGAACAAGCAGCAGAGGGAAGAGCAGAUGAACAGCCAACAGCCAAUUUUGGUUAAUCACAGCCAACAGAGUUUCCAGAAUAAAGUGGUUGCGCCAGUUGAGCCCAAGACAAACAUCGGUAGACACAAUUUGUCGCCCUUCACAGCUGCAAGUUUACUGGAGCGAAAUAGUAAUACACCACCGCAUUACAAGUUUCAUGUGCCGAGGGCGGUAGACUCGAUAACUCAGGAAAUACCGAGGAGUCUGUAUGGAUCGCGUGUUAACUCGUCAGCAACAUUGCCCGCAGGUAAGGAAGCGUUGCUCGGUCCACGGGAUGAAAAUCAGAUUCAUCGGGAUAAGGAUGACAGUCUGGCCGCCAUGAUUGCGGCCAAAAUCCGUACUAAAGCGGAAUUGAAACAGGUCGGUACGGGUCAGCUGUCCUCCAAGUCAGUGUUGGGACUCUCCCAGGAGCCCCAUGAUCUGGAGCGUGCGGCAUCCACGUCGACACCGCAAUCGGUGGCUUCGUCCGCCGGAAGUCCUCCGAAGCUUACGCGUGAGAAGACGCCGUGUCUGCCAUCACGGAGGAGAUUAUUCUCAAGGUCGGAUGAGGAUAAUCUUCCUGUCGCCGCGACGAUACCGACACCGGCCUCCAUUACACCAGCGGCCUCUGUCGUAUCGAGAAACAGUGGCUUCCGCAGUUCCUCCGAGACUUCGGUCUUCGAUUUCCGGGAGAGUGACUCCGAGACGGAAAUGCCUGUGCUCGAGAGACAGACUUUGGAAGAAAUGCGUCGUGAUCGCAAGCAACUGUCCAAGGUCCAGCCGCCGGUGCCUCUCAACGACACAAUGUGCUUGGGAAUAGGGUCAUCCGAUCUCGUGAAGAUCGAGUUGAAGGAGAAUGAUAAGAUUACCGAACUCGACCCAUUUUGGACGACGACCUGUGAUAAGUUUAUGGAGCAGUUGAGAACAGGAGAGAAUAGUAAGAAAAGGGGUAGGAGGAAGAAAGUGGGUGAGCCUGAAGACGAUAGUAGAGAGGGGCAUUCCCGUGAGAUUGAAAUCAAACCGGAGAACAUUAAGAAAGAGAUUAACGACGAUGAGUCGGUAAGUACAAAGCCUGAUAAAGACGUUAAAGAGACUGAAUCGACGAAAACUGAGUCUGAAAGUUCCUUCAAGCCUGAUGCAUCAAUUAAAAAAGAACAAGUGGAAGAGCCGGAGGUGCCUGAGGAGGAGGGCUCUGAUAAUGACUCAGACGAGCUUCCCCUCAUCAAGCGCGCCUCAAAGAAGAAGAAAACGGAAGACAGCGAUGACGACGACAUCAUCCCUAACAAGCGAUCGAUGAGACGGGGGAGUAGAAUCAAACUCGCGUCGUCCAGCGAGAGUUCGUCAUCGAGUGGAGAGGACAGUGACGGAAGUAACGAGUUCGGUGGAACAUCAGUAGCCCAUCGAUUACGUAAUCGCAAACGAUCGGGUGUGGGUGAAGCUGAAGGGAUGAAACUGAGGUCUCGAGAGAUGGGGCCUCAGAAGACGAAGGAUAAAGACAGUAAGUCACCAAAAUCGAAUUCUGUCCAGAAGCCCAAGCCAAAGCCACUCUUCGGAGAUGGAAGUGACUUCAGACCUGGCUGGGAAGAAGAAGUCUACGUCUACAAGAAGUCCCUGCGCAUGCCGCCGCGUUUGAUCAACGUCUCCAAGCCUUCAAGAUUCCACCGUCUGUCGACUUCCCUCCCUGAUCUAGAUCCUGGCUCCCCGGCGUUGUCUGUCUCCAUGGACAGCAGUGACGUCUGCUUGCAAAAACGGUCCAACGACAGUGACGUGGAGUCCAACUACAGUUUCAGUGCUGGACUCAGUAAGAUCGAUGAUGAGGAAGCUACGUCAUCAACGACGAUGUCCGUCCCCUCGAAAACCAACACCCGGGCGAGGCGAUCAGAGUCGAACUCGAUCGUCGAUCUCCUCGCUCGGAAGGUCGGAGGUAAUAAGAAAGAUCAGAAGAAGAAGUCGAAGGAUCUGAAAUCAGGCAGCAAGAUCCUGCCGAAAGGCAGUAAUGAGCCUGAGUUGCUACCGACGCCCAGCCUGACCCCUCUGAUCGGAAAUGAGACACCGAAAACUCCAGGCAAGUCCCCCGCCAAGAAUAACAAGUCCGUCAAGCCCAUCAACGUCACGGACUCGUAUCUCCUCGGCUACUUCCGGAAAGAGACAGUCAACAACUUCCGGGAUACCUUCAAGAACAACUACGCACUGCCUAACGAAUUUUCAACCUUCGUUCUGAAGACGAGGACAAGAACUGAGACGCGGGUACUGAAGAAGCAGGCGACGAUCAGGGAAGUCUUCGGAGAGGACAGACCAGCUUCAGCGCCACCCAUGCAGAACCAUGCGGGUGACACGUCUCAGGACGACGACUCACAGACUGAAACUAAAGAAAGUAUAUUAGGUAGAACGAAGACGUUGAAACAGAAGGUGGUGUCCAGGCUGAGGAAUGUGGGGAUUCUCAGGAGUCACAAAGCGGUUAUGAAUUCCAAGCGGCAUCUGCUGACGGUCCAGAGGCGGAAUCUCAUGAAGUCACUAGCUGAGAAGAAGAUCAAGAAUAUCAAGAAGGAGGUGAAGGAGGAACCCGUGGAGGACGGCGAGCCCGAGGAGGAGGUGAACGAGGGUAAUAACGAAGGCGUAGAGGCCCAGGGGAAGAAGAAGCUGAAGCUCAGGACGGGGAGGAGAAAAUUCCGGUCGGGAUUCGAUUACAUUAGGAAGAAAAAGAAACCGCUGAAGAAGGAGGAGGGAGCGCCCAAGGAGAGAAAACGACAACCACCGGUGAGACCGAAUGCUGAAUGUGUAGCCGACAUUCAAGCGGAAAUCAGAACGUGGGUUAUAAAGAAAGGGGUGGGAGAAACAGUUCUACACCGUGCAGCUAGACUCGGAUACACGGAUGUGGCUGCUUACUGCUUGGAGAAACUGAACAGCCCACCCAGUCCCAAGGACAAUGCGGGCUAUACACCACUUCAUGAGGCUUGCUCCAGGGGUCACCUCCAGAUUGCCAAACUUUUGCUUGCGUAUGGGGCUAAUGUGAGUGAGAGUGCGAACGGUGGAAUAAGACCACUCCACGAAGCAGCGGAAAAUGGUGCUACUGAACUCGUUCGACUUCUUCUGUCGUACGGUGCUGAUCCGGUGCUGGCAACUUACUCCGGGCAAACACCCCUCAUGCUGGCGGUUGACACUGACGCUUAUCCAAUUAUCGAACAACACUUGGACGACGUUCAAGGUCGCUCAAGCACUCCAUGGAGCUUCUCCGGUCCCUCUUCCAUAUUCGACGACGAAGAAACCGGUUACGAUGCCCUCCUGGAGGCGCCUUCGCCGACCCCGGAGCCCGAGCCCGAGGAACUCGAGGUCGAGAUGAGCGAGGUGAACCUCCCUGUGCUGUUCACCCUGACCAACGAUCCCGACAAGUGGGUCCUCCUCCAGGAUUUAAUGUCCGCAGUGCGGGUGAAGAGCCGUGACGCCCUUCUUCGUCAGAUAAAUCCAAAAGCACCAUCAGGACCACCAGUGGUAGCUCAUCGUGAGGUUAUGAGAGAAUUAAAACUUCAUGAUUUUCUCGAGCAGUCCAGGUGCUGCCACCUGUUGAGCGCCGGUGAACGAAUUAAUGUUCGUGCAUCGAAGGUAACACUUAUUAAGUACAAUGAUAAGGUCAGGUCACUGUUGAAUGUUGAGAGAGUUGUUAUCAAUCUGAGGUGACAUGAGGCGCCGCUGGAGAGCACCUGCGGUUAUCAUUGUGAUAACAGCGGGGAUGGGGUAUCAACUCUCCAGUCAGCGCCGUCUACGUCUGUUAAUUCUAAGACUAGUGGUAAGAAGGAAGGGAAGAGUGGGAAGGCAACGAAACGAGAGAGACCGAGGAAAAAAAAUUUGGUGGGGGGGAAAAAUUGAGGCAAUUGAAGUGGAGAAAAGUGUUAGCUUUGAGGGUGGAGGGGGAAGAACGGGAUGUGUCCGAUCUAAAAAGACACUGGCGAACUCUGACAAACGUCUAGUUUCGGAAAUAUGGGGGAAAUAGAGGGCGACUAAUUUUGGUGAAAUUUUGGUCAAAAAUGUUUUUUUUUUGUAUGUUGGAGAGGAUCGGAGAUGAAUGGGUCGUCACAGGGUGUUUUUCAGCAGAAAUUUCCCGGGCUAUGCAAUGGGGUCAUGGUUAACCACAUGCAAAUUAUUUGAUCAAAAACAAAAUGGCGAUUUUGAAAAUUUCGACAAUAAUUUUUUUCGUAAAAUUGAUUUCUUCCUCUGAUACGUAAAAGAACAGGAAAUUUCCGAUCCAAAAAAUGCUUGGCAACCUCUGGCACCCACUUAGUUGCUGAGAUGUAGCGAGAACAAAUUUCGACCAAUUUUGGUGAAAUUUUCGUCAAAAAUGUUUUGUCGCAUAUCUCGAAAAGUAUUGAAGCUACAGGGGUCGUCAGCCGAGUUUUCCAGCGGAAAUCUUUCGGGAUAUGCAAUGGGGGCAUGGUUAAUCACAUCCAAAUUAUUCGACAAAAAACACAAUGGCGAUUUUAAAUUUCGACAUUGAUUUCUUCCGUAAAAUUCAUUUCUUCCUUUUAUACGUAAGGUAACGGCAAAUUUCGAAUACAAAAAGACUGGGAACUCCAGGCAUUUGUUUAGUUGCCAUGACAUAACGUGAACAAAUUUCAACCAAUUUUGGUAAAAUUUCUGGCAAAAAAUCGGAGAAACCGAAAGAAUCUCUUUUUCUGGACAAUGAAAGAACGAAAAAUUUCCAAUCCAAAAAGAGGCUGGCGAGCUCUGACAUCCGCUUAGUUUCCGAAAUUUAACAAAAACAAAUUUCGACCAAUUUUUUGGUAAAAUUUAGGUUAAAAAAUUGACUAAAUCGAACAAAUUUCGCCUUCUGGAACAUGAAAGAACGGGAAAUUUCCGAUCCAAAGAGAGGCGGACGACCUCUGGCAGCGUUCGCCCAAAUUUCGACCAAACUUGCAAAAAUUUUGAUCAAAAAUUUGUUCUCUCAUAUCUCGAGAACUAUUGGAGCUACAGGGGUCGUCAUAUAGAGUUUUCCAACGGAAGUUUCCCUGGCUUGCCAAUGGGGUCAUUAUCGACCCCCUCCCGAGAAUUCCUCCAACACUAAAAAUCGAAAAAGUCAACUUUAACUCCCACAAAGCCUCAAAUCUCUCUCCUUUCGAAUGAUUCUUCCAAAGAGACUCGAAACAAUUGCAAUAACCAGAAUUAUCAAGAGGGAAAUGAAAACUAAGCAGCGACCUGUGACAUUAAAUUAGUUGAACCAUUAUCCAAGUGUAAUAAUUCUAGAUAAUAUUUUAUUAAAUAAAACUGCCGUCUCACAGCGGAGGAUUAAGGAAUUUUAAAUCUUAACGACACGCUUUUAAUAGAUGAAAAAACUGCCGCUAUGACAAUAGUACGUGCGUACGUCUUCGUGAAAGGAAUUUGCGUUUUCUACAAAUUCACGUGAAUAAUUAUCAUUAGCAAAUGCAAUUAGUUAGUUCCUUUAAUUUGUUGAGUGUUGUUUAAGGCCAGAGGUUACGUAAUUCUCUUGUUUGGUAAGGGGAAUUAUUGAAUUUGUUAAUUGAGUAAUGAAUUAAUUGGAAUGAAGAUGAUGAGACAAUUCAUUUUGCAAUUCAGUUGUGAGAGAUAUCGGUUUUUUGAGAAUAUCUUGAAAUCUAUGGGAGAUAUCGAAAUUUUUGUUAUAAACUUUUUUGUAGAGGAUUUCAAGGGCUUCAAAAAAGGUUCGGGUGAUGAUUUCGAUACUUUUGAUGGAUCUCAAGAUAUUUGUGAACAACUGAACAAGGAAAAUGGAAUAACUCCAUAAAAUCAUAAAUUAGAAAAUUUUUUGGACUUUAGAUUUUGUUCAAUAUCUGGAAAUCUAGCAGAGAUAUCGACAUCAUCAUUAGGAGCUUUUUUAUAGCACUUGAAAUUCCCUACAAAACGUUCCGAUCGAAAAUUUCGGUAUCUCCCUUCAAUGCCGAGAUAUUCUCAAAAAACCAAUUCAUCCUAAACUGAGAAAUUCUAAAUUUCGUAAUAAUUUCUUUUUUCAUUCACUCUUCUUUCAUUAUUAAUGAACUAAUUAAUUAAUUAUGUCAAUUCUGAAAAUUUAAUGAAGUCCUAAAAUAUUAUUCCAGACAUGAGACGUUGAUUGACGUUUGCCAACUGUUUUAAUCAUAUUAUUAAUGAAAAUGUUACCACACGAUUAUUAUUUAUGUUUAUUUCUACGAAUCAUGAGUUGUCUAGGUAUAGCAUUUAAUUGUUUAUCAUGAGUUUAAUGGGUAAUGUAAAUACUGAGUUAUUGAUUUAUUAUGUGGUACGAGAUGUUUUUAGUGUUGGCAAGUGCAAUUGAAUGAUUCUCAGUUUACUAUUUUUUUUUAUGAAAAGAAAAAAUGGCGUUUUCACGAGGAGGGGGUCGUGCUGAGGGGUUCAUAGUUUUUUCAUUCGAUAGCCAGGACAAUUUCCGAUCUCAACCCCUACAAUUGAAUCCAUUUUGUCCCACUAGUUUUUGAGACAUUCGAUGUCGCAAUUACUGACCCCUGAAUUGUUUUCUAAUGGGUUUUCGAAGAAUGGGUGGGGCAAAAUGGGUUCAAUUGUAGGGGGUGGAAUUGACAAUUUUCCUGGCUUCAAAAUGAGAUAUGACUGGACCCUCUGGGUGAUUUAGUUCUCGAAAUAUUGAGGGAAAUGUGACGACGGAUUUAUGAUUCAUUUCGUACUUUGAUGAAAUUGGAGGAUUUUAUUUCCUUUCUGUGGAAAAUACUCUUGGGGAUGGGAUGCGACUGGAGAUGUUAUCGAUCAAAAUUCUUUAGUCAAAUUAUCCGUCAUCUCUGUGCAAUAACGGAUUGAAAGCUGAUUUCAAGUGAUUUAGAGUGAUUGAGGGGCGGAGUAGGAGGAUUGGAUCAGUUUUUGAGAGGAAAUACCAGGAAAAACGACUGCUUGGAAUAAUUAGGGUCAUUUGACCUUCGAAACUAUUUGACCCUCAACUCCAAACAUCCGUAAGGGACGUUUAACCCCCAAGAUAAUUUGACCCUCAACACAAAAUACAAAAAAAUAAUCUGAGAAUUUUGUUGAAUAAUCAUUUUUCUCAGUGUCUUAUUUUGCACAAUUCAAGAAAUUUUUUAUUGGUAUUUUUGUUGAGGGUCAAACGACCCUCGAAGAAGCUUGGAAUUGAGACACAAAUUGAGUUUUAACCCCAAAGGUUUUCAAGGGUUGUUUAAACCUCAAACUCAUUUGACCCACAACCCAAAAUACAACAAAAAAUUUAAAUUGUGUGAAAUAAUCAUUUCCCUAGUGGUUUAUUCCUCACAAUUUAGGAAAUUUUCUAUUUAUGUUUUAGUUCAGGGUCAAAUGACCCUUGAAAACGUUUGGAAUUGAGGGUCAAAUUAACCUUAAACUCCAAACGUUUUUAAGGGUUGCUUAAACCUCAAAACCCUUCGACCCUCAACUCCAAAUAUCCGUAAGGGUCGUUUGACCCCCAAGAUGAUUUGACCCUCAACCCAAAAUACAAGAAAAAAUCUGAAUUGUCUCAAAUAAAUAUUUUCCGUUUUAUUUUGCACAAUUCAAUAGAUUUUUUAAUUAUGUUUUUGCUGUGAGUCAAAUGACCCUUGGAAACUGUUGGAAUUGAGGGUCAAAUUGACCCUUAACUCCAAACGCUCUUAAGGUUCGUUUGACCCCAAAUUCAAAAAUGUUUUUAUUCAUGUUUUUGCUAAGGGUCCAAUGAGCCUUGGAAACGAUUGACUCUCAACCCAAAAUACAAAAAAAUCAUCGAGGGUCAAAUUGGCCCUCAACUCCAAACAUUCAUAAGGGUCAUUUGACCCUCAAGACCAUUUGAUCUUCAACUCAAAGUACAACAAAAAAUUUGAAUUGUGUGAAAUAAUCAUUUUCCCUAGUGGUUUAUUCUGCACAAUUCAGGAAAUUUUUUAUUUAUGCUUUAGUUCAGGGUCAAAUGAAUUGAGGAUCAAAUUGACCCUCAACUCCAAACGUUCUUGAGGGUCAUUUGAUCCUCAAGACCAUUUAACCCUCAACUCCAAACAUCUGUAAGGGUCAUGUGAUCCUCAAAAUCAUUUAACCCACAACCCAAACUACACGAAAAAAUCUGAAUUGUGUUAAAUAAUUUUCAUUUGUUUUUUUUUAGGAUCAAAUGGCCCGUGAAGAAGUUUGGAAUUGAGGGUCAAAUUGACCCCCACUCCAAACAUCCGUAAGGGUCGUUUGACCCUCAAGAGUUAUCUUAAUAAUUUUCAUUAAUGUUUUUGUUGAGGGUCAAACGACCCUUGAAGAGGUUUGAAAUUGAGGGUCAAAUUGACCCUCACUCCAACCAUUCUUAAAAGUCGUUUGAUCCUCAAAGACCAUUUGACCCUCAACCAAAAACGAAAAAAAACGUUACCCGAAUUGUACUAGACAGUCUAUUUUCUUCGUUUUGCUACAAAAACUGAUUCUCUACCCCAAAAUCAACAAAUCUCUCAUUUUCAAUAAUGUCAACAAAAGAGUAAAAAUCAAAAAUCGUACUUACGUCAUUUUUCACAGUCUUCUGGGCAAAAUUGACUCGCAAUAACAAAAAAAAAAAACAAUUCAAUCCGCUGAUUAGCGAAAAUGAAAAUGAAUUUCCUCUAAAAAAUAAUGAACCGGAGGAAUUACCUAAACUAAAUUGAACGAUAAUAUUAAGUACUCAAUCUCUUCUUCUAAUACGAAAGAAAGAAAUAUAAGAAAAAUCCUGCGUAUAAUUAAUGAAUUAAGAACUCCUGUAAUUAAAUUCAUCUGAAUGUUUAGUUGAUUGUAUCCUAGGCUAUUAUCCUGAUAAAUAAAUAAUUCAAUCGAUAUAAUCAGUCUCAGGGAAGUAAAUCUACGUUUAAACGAAAUAAUUCAACUGAAUAAUUAAUCGAUAAAAAAAUACAUUAAUUAUCGAUUUAUGGUAAUUGACGACAAUUAUGUAUGUAACAUGUACAUGUGUAGAAUAGUCCAACUUACUGUAUAUGUAUAAAAAAAUACUGAGUUAAUUGAUUAGUUGAUUAAGAACAAAUAAUGCAAAAUGAGAUGAUUAGAGAUGAGAGAAAAAUUGCAUGAUAACUAUCUGAUAAUUGGGAGAUGAAUCAGUAAAAAAUGUAAAUAAUUAUUUUACGAUGAGUGAAAAAAAAAACAUUGACACGAGAACAAAAAAUUAAUGAAUCAUUAACUUUGAGAUACGUUCCAACUCGAUAAUUAACAAAUUAAUGUACGUUGGUAAGAUUAAUUGGUUAAGGUAUGAUCUAAGAAAAGCAGAAACAAAAUGCUUCUGUAUUUUUAAGAGGGAGGUAAUUAUAAAGUGUACGUAGAAAUCGCUGAUUAAACGUGUAAUUUAAUGUAGUUGAAUGUAAUUUUCGUGUGAACAUGGGAGUCACUCUUGUAUGUACAUAAAUGAAAGUUACUACGUGCUAUACCAUUAAUUCGCUUUUUUAAUGUACGAUAUUGGUAAGUGAGGAGUCGAUGUAAAUUUUUUUUUUCUCUUCUCUCGAUAUUUGUAUUUAGGUGAGUCGAGGGGAGAUGUUAGUUGAAGAGAUCUUUCAAAUGUGUUAAUGCUAAUGCUUCGUGAUGUCGAGGUGAUGAUUCGCGGGAUUAUGUAUAGAGUGAAAAUAUAUAUUAUAUAUUUGAGUUUGAAUUUUUUGGAUUUUCUGGUGAGGGCUCGUGGGCUCUGACACUCGGGAACUCGAGGGAACUUUGGCAUGAUUUUUUUUAUGAGGUGUGUGGAGUCGGCACUCUGUGAUUUGUAGAAAUGGAUUAUAUGGAAUUCAAAGCAAUUAUCGUUUUCACUCUACUGUCUAUUCGAAUAAAAUCAUGAGGAUUCAA